CCAUCAUCCACCCUCAACUCGAGCGCGGGAAGGACGGCGCCGCCUCAGCGCUGCGGGACAAGGUGCUUCAUCACCUGAGCUGCCUUCUGAAUCAGGACCUACCCCAGAGAGAACCUUGGAAGAAACACACUGCAGGAGACUGAAGGAAACCCUCAUGACUGCUCCGCACUCAUUCCUCAAUAGCACACCCUGAUCACGUCUCCGUGUGAGCACAUUGCACUGGGAUUGCUGAGCAGAAGCAGCAAGGAGCUGAUGGUGAUGCGUUUCCAGCGCGGGCUGCCAGAGCCCUCUGUUUGCCAUUGGCUGCUGUUUUCUGGUUUAUUUGCAGCUUCCCCCAUCUGGAAUAUGAAAAUUGGAUUGGAGUAGGUAAUUGCUAGCAGCGGGUUUUUGAGAGAGGCUUUGUGGGAGUGGAAUGCCUCUUGCACAGCACUGCCUGCGCUGAAAGAGCUCUGAUUUUAGAUGUUAGCCACGUCUGAAUCUCUGGGAAACUUUACCGUGGGAGCACUGCACACAAUCCUGGAGCUGACAGCCAAAGAGGCACGGAGGGGGCAGACAAUGGGAUGCCCUGUCCUUGGGUUGCUCCAAGAACAGACACCCGGAGCUCCCCUUGGCUGCCCUGCAAAACAAGCGUGAAGGUGACCAUGGACUGAAUCAUACCCAACGGAGAUCCCACAGCUGUUAAGGAUGGGAUACACAGACCCCUCGUCGGGCAGGGAUUUGCUGGGAAACAGAACUUUGUUCUUCAUCUUCAUCUGCGCCUUCGCUGUGGUCACCCUGCUGCAGCAGAUCCUUUACGGGAGGAACUAUCUCAAAAGAGGGCUGCAGUUUAGCUGGCAGAAUGGAGAGGAAUUGGCCAAUUGGACCGGCACCUUUAAUUUCACGGAUGACGGAGCAGUGAAGAGUGGCAGUGACACAGGCACCAGGUAUUUCGAGUUUUAUGAAGGGCCACUGGAAUACAACUCCACGAAAUGCCUGGAAUUGCGACAGGACAUCAUUGCAGUGAAAGUUUUGUCUAUGGUGAAACAAACCGAAUUAUUUGACAGGUGGAAGAGCCUACAGAUGUGCAAAUGGGAGAUGAAUGUCACAGAAGCCAACAUAUUCAAAUCUUCACUGUCAAGGUGUUGCAAUGCCCCUGCCUUCUUGUUCACCACUCAGAAAAACACUCCCUUGGGAACUAAGCUGAAGUACGAAGUGGAUACUAGUGGGAUCUUCCACAUCAACCAAGAAAUCUUCAAAAUGUUUCCAAAGGACAUGCCAUACCACCGCUCCCAGUUCAAGAAGUGUGCAGUGGUUGGGAAUGGGGGGAUCCUGAAGAACAGCAGAUGUGGCCGAGAGAUCGACAGUGCAGACUUUGUGUUUCGAUGUAAUUUGCCUCCCAUAUCUGAGAAGUACUUAACGGAUGUUGGGGUGAAGACGGACGUCGUGACUGUCAAUCCUAGCAUCAUUACUGAGAGGUUUCAUAAGCUGGAGAAGUGGAGGAAGCCUUUCUACAACGUGCUCCAGGUUUAUGAGAAUGCCUCCGUGCUGCUGCCGGCCUUCUAUAACACACGCAACACGGACGUCUCCAUCAGGGUCAAGUAUGUCCUGGAUGACUUUGAGUCUCAGCAAGCUGUGUACUACUUUCACCCCCAGUAUCUCAUCAACGUCUCGCGCUACUGGCUGGGCCAAGGGGUGCGGGCCAAGCGGAUCAGCACGGGACUCAUCCUGGUGACUGCUGCCCUGGAGCUCUGUGAAGAGGUCCACCUCUUUGGCUUCUGGGCCUUCCCCAUGAACCCCUCAGGGAUUUUUAUAACUCACCACUACUAUGACAACGUGAAGCCUCGCCCUGGUUUUCAUGCGAUGCCCUCGGAAAUCUUCAACUUUCUGCACAUGCACAGCAAGGGGAUCCUGCGGGUUCACACGGGAACCUGCGGCUGCUGUUGACAAGGGCACUUCUUCCUCUGGUGCAAAAGUGCAUCAGGAACUCGAUGCCUGUGUACAUCCUGAGAUUAUGCAAUAGUUGUUUGAUAUAAAUUUCCUUGAGGCAUUCAUCCCAUAGGAUCUAUGUGACCAGCAUCCUUCCUGCUAGCAGAGUUGGGUCCAUAGCAGUGUGGGUGAAGAAAAACUCCUCUGUCCUGGGAUGUGCACUGCCCUGGGAAGCAGGUUGGAUGAGAAGCACAUCUCCAACAGAUUUAGAGAUAUACAGAGCACAUAAAGAUAACUGUAAUUUCAACAUGGAGUAGAUCACCAAGCUUUUAAGGAGAAUUGGGGAUGGAGAGUCUCAGCAUAGACUGCACGACUUUACAUAGGCUUCUGAGUUGAGUGCUGCGGGGCACUGUCGAAUUUUACUGAAAUCACUCUUCUUGGCAUUUGGGUUUUUGAAAAUACUCUUUGCUUUGUAGUUUUAAGGGUAACUGUACAACUUGAAGUCAUCGUUCUGUAACGUCACAAAUUACUGGUGAAAAAUAGCAGAUAAGUGUGAUAGGAAUAAACAAGGUCAUCUUACGAAACCUUUCAGCUGGGAUAGAAGAGAAUGUUCAAUUCCCACUUGCAGAUACAGGUCACUGUGCUAACCAUGUUGUAUGGUUGCUCUAGAGCUUCUUUCUUAUUCCUUCAUAUCAUGCCUGGUCUUCUCUGCUGAUAAGAGAUUCUUUCCCAUUGCAAUCUUUCCUUUUUUGCUAAUACAUGUGCAGUGUCUGUGCUUUCUCCUACAGUGACCAUCUCAGCUUCAGAUUGGAGACCUUCCCACUUCUUUAAGCUUUCCGUGAACUGAAUAUUGAGAAGGCUACCCUAGUUAUAUUUUCUGAGUUGAUUUUUGAUUCAAUUAUUGCAGCAUUAGAUGGAAAAGGAAUUUCUCCUAAGUUUAAUAAAGACUUUUGUAGGAGUAUUCGAGUGUUGAUCCACUAUUGUACAGGUGGAUUUAAAUAUUUUCAGAUGUCUGUGAUAGAUACUUACAGGAAAUGAAGUUAAAAGAUAGUGAAGAUAUGAAUGGCUUGAAUUACGAUGUCUGAAUGUGGCAUUUGUUUGUGUUGAGAAUGUUACUAGAACAAUGAAAGGGCUGACUUAUUCUUUGUAAUGUUACCAAUGUAACUUAGUCAUGCCAAGCUUGGUUUUCCGCCUGAUGCAGUUACCUUGGCAAAAUCCUGGUGGAGGACAGAUGCCACAUGCUGCCAGAAUUUAUUUUGACUGCUGAACCAUGGUGCAGAUGUAUGCCCUCUCAUACUGUAUGAUUGCAUGCACAGGAGGGUGAGGUUUGCUGUCCAACUGUGCCGGCAUGGUUAAGAUGAACAGAGUUUCCUCAACUGUGUUAUCAGUGUGAAGCACUUGCUCUGUUGUGCAGUGCUUUGUCUUGUCCUUCUUCAGGUUGUAGAGAUUUGGAAUUUGAAGUGCUUGUCCCCUCUGAGGGUUGUGUUCAAAUCAGAAUUGGAUUUUGAUUUUGUAAUGCGUGAGCACACAAAGCCAUUUUAAAGCCUCCCUGCUGUGCUGACAGCUCUGAAAGUUGCUCACAUUACAUUUGAAAUGGUGUAAAGGAAGUGAAGCACAGCAGUUGCCAUUCCGGAAGUCCCUGCUGACCAUACAGCAGUGACAUGGGAUGGCGUGCAGGAAUCUGAAUUUCUUUUGCACUCUGUUAACUGUCAGAGCUUGGUAAAUACCAGCCUGGGGUAGGCAAAGGACCUGUGCUUCAGCUUUGUGUGUUUGUCUUGUGCUUUUGGUCCUAGAGCUGUGUGUUGGUGAACUGUAUCACAGUGCACCCAGAAUGAACCUAUAGGUGAAGUGCUUCCCUUGAUUUAAUAAGCAAAAGAGAUUUUUGUCCUGGCUGUGUUUUGUAAAUCGACGUGCAAAGGGCUUUGAUAAUGAAAUGCUGUAACAGAAGUGCUACGUAGAGAGCAACAUGACCCGUGGGCUGGGCAUCUUGCUGUGUGUUGAGCUUUAUCAUAAUGAAGCUAUCACCUAUGGACCUCAUUUCUGCCUGAGUGAGGGUCUGAUGGUGACUUGGUUUGCUUUGCUGCUGCUGCUUUGCUGGGGAUAUGCUCUUUGGUAAGAGUUUUUAUUCACUGUAUUGAUUGAAGUGAACAAAAGGAGUCUGAUCUAUUGCAAGAGGUACUUCAGAAUGAUGGGAAGGCAUUUGAGAAGCUUCAGCGUUUUGGAAAGAAAUGGAGCAAAUCCCACUGUUUGGUUACAAAAUUUCUUCUGGACUUUUUGGUCAGGCUAAAGGAUAAGUAAAGCUGUAAUUACAGUAACCUCUAAUUGCAGGAACACAGACAUUUUCUUCCCUUUGUUUGCUUCAUAUAAAUUAGCAAUGUAAAUUCACCGAGGCUACACUGUAUAAGUGCAGUUUUACUGUGUUUAGAUUUUGAUGGAUUACAGAUCUAUAGCUACUAUAUUUUUUUAAUGAUUUUAAAAUGCACGUACAGGGUACUUGCACGUAUGCACCAAAGGCCCAGUCCUGCAACUUUCAUCUGGAAAGAACUCCCAUUCCAGCUGAUAGGUAUUUUAUUUGUACAGGUACUGCAGAAACAAACCCAGCGGUCUGUGUGGAGGUGUACAUAGGUAGAUACUGGCGAUGUUUAGUGGUAGGUCUGAAGGGAAUGGCCUCCAGUUGUGCUAAGGGAUGUUCAGGUUUGGAUAUUAACAAAAAUUUCCUCUCCUUAAGAGUUGUCAUGUUCUGGAAUGGGCUGCCCAGGGACGUGAUGGAGUCACUGUCCCUGAAGGUGUUAAAAAAUUGUUUAUAUGUGGUACUGAAGUACAUGAUCUAGUGGGGAAGUGGUGGUGUUGGUAGUAGGUGGAUGUUGGACUAGAUGAUCUUGAAGAUCUUUUCCAACCUUCAUGAUUCUAUGAUUCUUUAUUAGAUGAGAUUUAGGGAGUGAUUUGCAAGCUAGAAAGGUUCUUAAAGAAAUGUAUAUAUAAAAGUCCUUGAGAGGAAGUGCAUACUGCAACAUUUGCUUUCUGAUCUGUUUUUUGGGUGUUGCUCAAAAAUAAUUGAAAAGUGACAGCAUUUUUGUCAGAAAUUUGGAAGCUUUCAGGUUGUUCUUGGCCUUCUUUGCAUUGGGCACUGGAAAACCACAUUCCUGCUGCUGUCCUGCAGGAGUGGGGUCUGAGGAUAGGGAUGGUGCCUGGAGGUCUCAGCCAUGCAGAGGUCCAUGAAUAAAAGCCGUCAGCUCUCAUCCUGAGCUCAGAUGGUAAGCCCAGUCUUGCUGAGAAUAUGAAAUCUGAGGCAGGGAGAGAGAAAAUUACAAUACUGGGGAUUAAUCACCAGCUUCUAGUAGUAUUUAUGGGAAUCUCUUCAGAAGUUCCUAAGAUCUUCAUACAUUGGCAGUGCAAAUUCAGUCAGAAAAAUGUGGCUAGGCCUGCUCCUCUUCGACAGGUCAGCAGAGGAGCUUAUGGGCCACCAGUGCCGUCAUCAAGUGGAAAAGAAGACUUAAUCAAAAUACUUUAGCUGCUUGCUCUUGAUCUAUGGACAGAAUGGAUUAAAGAGUGAUAGAUUUAUAAUAAUGUUUUAGCGUAUCUCCUGUGGUAGAGACAAAAUGCUCAAAGCCAGCUCAUGUGCUGUGAAUGGGGUGCCGUGGCAUGGUGGCUUCUUUGGCCCCCGCAGGUCCAUUGUCACCAGGAAAAGCCUUAGAGAGGGAAUCUGGGAGACUGCAACCACAACUCCAGGUGGUUGGAUGGAGGCAAAUAACUCUAAGAAAAGAGAUAUUUUUCCAAGGAUAGAAUUAUUUUCUGCGGGCUUUGAUGAAUUAAUGGAGAUGUUGCUGAAUGCAGAAAUUCUUGUGGUGAUGGAGCUCUGUGGGCAGGUGGCCUUUGCAUUUUGGUGUGGCAGGAGAGAGCAGUCUCUGAUUGGUGAUAAAGCACAGAGAUGUGAAAUGAGAGGGAAUCCAUCCUUUUAAAUCUUUUGAGCCCUGGUGGUUGGUCAGCAAAGCCGUAAUUUUACAGAGCAGAAGGUUGGACAGUGAGAUGAGAGUUUGGAAGGGAUCCUCCUGUCUGGUUUGUACCCAAGCAUGCAGUGAGCUUUGGAGCUUUCACACGUACAGGGAAUGCUGUCAAAAUUCAGCAAUCUCUAAAUUUCUCUUUGGGAAUUUCUGAAAUGAGCCAAGGAAUAAAGGAGUCAGGACUUACGUUGAGGGCCUUUUCCAAAAUCCAGUGAAAUUCAUGGGAAGUUUGGAGGACAUCAGAGCCAGCCUGCAGGCUGUGGGCAGAAGGAGCAGCCCUUGUUUCUUACUUGUUUCUGAUACGUUUUUAAUAUAUUGUAGAUACAGUGCAGUAGCAACACUGUGUUUUUAAUGGUUUGUGUAAAGAACAAACUUAAUCUGGAAGCUGAAGUGCCGUGAAUGUCACUCUCCCUUCCAGAUUCCUGCACUUUCCAUCCUUUCCAAUUCAUCUAUGCAAAACAUUUCAUCAUGGUUGUGUAAAUGAACCAAACCACAGUGAGCCCCUGCACCCUGCUGUGUGUGUGUAUGUGUAUCACGUGCCGUGAGAGAAGGGGGGGUUGUUCUGCUUUCUUUGAAAUGCCAGCAUGUAAUUCUACAGUAAUACAAACAUGUUGGAGGCAGGAUUCCCAGUAAGGCCAGUACGAAGUGUGCAUUUGGCUUCAGCAGGAAGACAACGGGUCCAAUGCUUGUCAGUCAAGCCCAUAGCCCUCAUCUCCAACCUGCCCCCACGCGCUGUUACAACUUUAUGUCUUAGUGUCAUCCCAUCUAAUGUGGGUGAGGCUGCUGUGUUGUUUGCAUGGUAUCCCAAAUCGUAGGCAACUGUACUCAAGUGCUUUUGUAAUGAAUCUUAAGGAAAAUCCAAACGUACGUGUUGGGGUGAGGGAGCCUGAAUCCCAGGCUUGAGCAUCUCUCAUGUUCCCUAACGCCUGAGCAUGAGAAACAUCAGCAAUGGGGUCUGGGCCAUAGUGGCAAGCCUACAAAAAGAUUAAUAUGCCUCAGCAUUUCAAGGAUUGAAAGCUGUAAAUAUGUUGCCGAUAUGUCUGACUUACAGUUGGACUAGAUGAUCUUAGAGGUCUUUCUGAAUUAUGAAGAUUCUAUGAUUCUAUGACUUUCCCUUUAGAAGCCAUAAAUGUUCUCGGUGUUUGACCUUUGGGUGAGCUGCUGUGUGUUUUUAACUGUACCAACCACUGUACAAUGUGUUAGCAUGUAAAAUGGCAACAAACUAAGCCAACAAAAUCAAAGUGUUGGCUGGUUCUCGAAGCGUUCUACCUAAAACUGUACAUGUUAAGAUGGACCAGGGCACUCUGUGCUCCCUACAGCUAAUGGAGAUGCUCAUAAAUUGCCCAGAAAUGCUGUAUCAAAAUGACAUCUUCACGCUGAGGGAGCUCAGGCUGAUGCAAAAAUAAAUCUUGUUCCAUAAUUGUCAUUUCUGUACGGUGGUGACAGCGGGGGUGGACAAACCCCAGUGGAGCCAUGGCAAUUUCUUGCUGAUGUUAAUGUCAUUGUGCCCAUUGACUCACCUUUCUUUUUUUUUCCGACUGCCACCCUGUAAUUCUUGCUUCUUUCUGUAGCUGUAAUAUGGUUGUAAUAGGAAGCCUAUCAAUUGAUGUAAGCCAUAACUAAAGCAGUAAUCAGGGUACUUUCUUUUGUCUGUAUCACUGUGUUUGAAAGAUGAUUGAUUCUAUUGAAUAAACCACUUUAAGAGUUUUA